AAAGUAGGAAGCAGAUCGGAGAGGGCUGAAGGAUUAUGUGGACAUUUCGGCGAACGAAAGCCGCUGCUGUACAUUAAUUUGUCUAAGAUUUGUGAGCUGGCGUUUCUUUAAAAUGAUACUCUGACGACUUAAGCGUGAAGUCCGUGUAACUUAAUAAUCAAAAACUCCGCGACAAUGAUGACAGAAUGCGACCCGACUCAGACAGAGACCGGCGAGGACACCGGAGCAACAGCGGUGUCACUGCCGGAGUCCAACUUUCAUCCCACGGACUCCUCAAAUGUAUCGGUCUAUGACAGGGGCCGUUUAGCCUUGGGGCUCACCACGAACCCCGGAGGCGCCUUACGUAUUUCGGACUCUCGUGAAAGCGUCUUGACCGAGCUGGACACAGACGGCUCCAGCGAAGAGACACUGUUGUUGCCGUGCUUAGCAGGAGGCUCGUCAUCUCCGCGGGGCGUACGAGAGAAGCGGAGCAGGCGGAACAGACAUAGCUCCUCCUCGGAUAAAGACACCUUGGCCUCCCCAGGUCCUAACAAUGGGGAUUUCAACCAUUUCCCAGAUGACCCAGAGUUUGCAGAUAUCAUCCAAAGGGCAGAGCAGGCCAUGGAGAAUGGCGUCUUUCCGGAAAGGAUUUCCCAGGGAUCCAGUGGGAGCUACUUUGUCAAAGACCCAAAAGGGAAAAUCAUAGGUGUUUUCAAACCAAAGUCAGAGGAACCUUACGGUCACCUGAACCCCAAAUGGACCAAAUAUUUUCAUAAGCUGUGCUGUCCCUGUUGUUUUGGCCGAGGCUGCUUGUUGCCUAACCAGGGUUACCUCUCAGAGGCUGCUGCCUCACUGGUUGACACCAAGCUCGGCCUGGGCGUGGUGCCAAAAACCAAGGUGGUGUAUCUGGCGAGUGAGACAUUCCAUUACAGCGCCAUCGACAGAGCAAAGUCCCGGGGGAAGAAGUACGCCUUAGAGAAGGUCCCCAAAGUCGGACGACGUUUCCACAGAGUGGGACUGCCACCCAAGGUGGGCUCUUUUCAGCUGUUUGUGGAAGGUUACCGUGAAGCGGACUACUGGCUGCGGCGCUUUGAGGCAGAGCCGCUGCCCGAGAACAUCAGGAAGCAGCUGCAGUCUCAGUUUGAGCGACUCGUGAUUUUGGACUACGUCAUCAGGAACACAGAUCGAGGGAAUGACAACUGGUUGAUCAAGUACGAGAAGCCAGGGGAAGGAAAGGGCGAAAGAAAGAAAGAUUCAGAGUGGCGAGAGAACUGUCCCGACUCCUGCAUCAAGAUUGCGGCAAUCGACAACGGCCUGGCCUUUCCCUUUAAACACCCAGACGAAUGGAGAGCCUACCCGUUCCACUGGGCGUGGCUCCCCCAGGCUAAGGUGGCCUUCUCCCAGGAGACCAGAGACCUGGUGCUGUCCCGCCUCUCUGAUAUGAACUUCGUCCAGGACCUCUCUGAGGAUCUCAAUGAGAUGUUCAAGACGGAUAAAGGCUUUGACAAACCCAUGUUUGAGAAACAGAUGUCCGUGAUGAGGGGACAGGUGCUGAACCUGACUCAGGCACUGAAGGACGGGAAGAGUCCCAUUCAGCUGGUGCAGAUGCCUCGGGUGGUGGUGGAGCGCAGCCACUCAGGCAGUCAGGGACGCGUGGUCACACUGGGCAACGCCUUCACACAAACCUUCCACUGCAAGCGGCCCUUUUUCUCCUCUUGGUAGUCGCAAACAGGGAUGAGAGGUGAGGUGAUCUGCGACAGCUGAGGUGUAGAAGGGAUAACGGAGGGAGAUGAAAAAUGUCACACUGGAAGCGGCUCAUAUUUUUGUCCUCGCACAGAAGGACUUGAUGAAGGUGAAAGUGACGCAGAAAUGUUUUGUGAAGUAAUUCCUCAUUUUGUGAAGAGAGCACAGAGAGGAAGUGUUGGUGAGAUUGGCAUGCCAGUGUCUACCAGACCUUGGGGCUCUUGUUGGUUACCAUGGUAACCUGAUUGGAUAAUCGGCUUUUCCACAGAGGUGGGCUUUGUUUAUUGUAAGGAAACAAAAAGAAUGGAUUUUUUUUUUUUUACCCACCCAAAGUACCUACUAAAGACUCUUGCAAAAUCUCUCAGUGGGUCUCAUUGCCAAAGAGCAAGCACUUGCGAACCACUGGUUUGUGGACCACAGUGUUGGGGAAUCUAAAGGUUUCACACUUCUCUGCAGAAAGUUUCUCUCUCUCUUUCCAUAGGAUAUUGUUGUUUCUGGUCUGAGAGUUUUAUUAGUUUUUGCCUUAUAGAUUACUGUAGUGAUGGAAUAAGUGGGCAACUGCACUGCUCAAAGUGUUCCACUCAACUGGGUCUGAAAACACAUCAGUUGAACAAACACAGACUCGGUGUCUUCGACUCUCACUACUGCCAAACUCUGCUCGUGGAAGGAACAUUUGAAAAAGCCUCAAUGUGAGAAUAUUUUUGAAACUUGAAAACAUGUGUUUGCAGGACUUAGGAAUACACAUAUUGCUUGAAUGUAAUCUGUUUACGGUUUCUACACAGUUCCUUGCUCCUAAACAUUUCAAUAUGAGUGAAUACUGUACUAAAAAAAGGAAAAAAAAAAGACUUUUCUCUUAACAAUGAAUGUAUUUGUUGUUUAACAUGUAUUUAAUUGCUGGCCAGCAGCUUUUCUCUUGAACCUCGUGGCAUGAUGGGGGCGGCACCUCGUCGUCCCGCGUUAUUACAAGUUAUAUGAAAAGGAAAAAAAACGAAACUGAGGACGAUAUUUCACACUUGCUUGAAGCCGUUGUGUUUUCACAUGUAUGCAUCUUGACAUUUUUAUUCCAACUCGAUGAUUGUAUGAGAAAAGCUGUAUAUUUAACAGAUGAAAAAUAAAAUUUUGGAAAUUUGAA